CUCUCUGCCUACCAGUUCAUCUGAGCUGCUCCAGGAACGGAGGUACCAUGCGGCCCUGGGUCCUUCUCCUCGCAUCCCUACUGGCCCUUCUGGCCUGUGCCUGGGCACAGGAGGAUGACGACACGUCCCUGCUGGGCUACAUCCACCACGCGCUGACCAGCGCACAGGACUCCCAGCUGGCUCAGCAGGCCAGGGGCUGGAUGUCGGGCGGCCUGAGCUCUCUGCACGGCUACUGGAGCACACUCACGGGCAAGUUGAGUGGGUUCUGGGGCUCCACCCCGGAGCCCGAAGCCACGCUGCCCUCCGAGGGGGCCUGAGCCAUCCUCCAGGGCCCCCCAGCCCUGCCCACACCCCGACCUGCUCUCCUCCCAAUAAAGCCAGACAAGA